UCCCUUCCCUUAGUUUUAUGUUUUCAAAACAAUUUCAAGUCCCGGGAUUGAGUGAAGAAUUGCUAUAUUAAUUGCGAAAAGCUCAGCAAUCCAAGCAUGGAUAAGAAGAAGAAAUGGAGGCAUACAGGGAACAAAGUAAAAGAGGAAGCGACCAUGGAUAAAAAGAAGAAUCACAAGAGCAAGAGCAUUCUCGAGAUCCUCCCUCUUGAGCUGAUUCACAGAAUCCUACUGCUGGUGCCGAUCAGACAUCUCGCUCGCCUCAGGUGCGUUUCGAAGCUGUGGCAUUCUCUAAUUUCUAAUCCUGACUUUGCGAAAUUGCAUUUUCACCACUCUCCCGCCGCCACCACCGCAUGUUUCUUCAUAGAAAAAGCCACUAUAGCUUACUUCAUUUACAUAGACGACAAUGAUGCAUCACAAAAAGUGGUGUCCCCCCCUUUCAAGAAGAAACCACCGUCUGGUUUUGCGGUUUUAGGAUCUUGCAGAGGCUUUAUUCUCUUGGAUCGUGACCCACAUUUUCUUGUGGUAUGGAACCCAUUGACUGGAUUCAGCAAAAGAAUAUCCUAUUCUCAUAUUGGUCCUCGUCGUAUCUUCCGUAGCAUUAGGCUUUCCUAUAGUGCGCGUCUGUAUGGAUUUGGUUAUGAUGCAUCACAGGAUGAUUACUUAUUUGUUGUAGCUUGGAGCGAUUGGAAAAGACAAUGUCAUUUGGAUUGCUUGUCCUUGAAAAUCAAUUCAUGGAUUAAUCUUGAUGCUGCACUCCCCAACGCAGUGGAUUGGUUUGACCAUAAUUCUUGUGGGUUGUUCUUGAAUGGCGCUAUUCAUUGGGUGCCUUCCUGUCUUAAAGAUUACAGGGAUGCUAUUCUUAUCUUUGAUUUGAAGGAGAGGACUUUCUCAAGGAUAUCUGGGCCAGAACAACCUGUAAAGAGUGCAUCCUCCUAUUCAAGUCUCGCCCUACUAGGAGGCUGCCUAGCUUUGUAUAAUCGCAAUUAUAAUAGCUGUAACACUCACAUAUGGGUGAUGAAAGAAUAUAGAGUGCACUCAUCUUGGACUCUCUAUCGGAUUCCUUGCAAAGUCUUUCGGCCAUUGUGCUUAUCCAGUAAUGGUGAUAUUAUUGGAAGAGGUUAUGAUAAAAUAGGGUACUUCAUAUACAAUGUAAGAGGAGACCUGCUCAAGCAUUUUAAAAAUGUUUGUUCUCCCCUUCCCACCCGAUACUGUUUAUACAGAGAGUCUCUUGUGGUCUUGCCACUCCCUGGCGACAUUAAGGAUAAGAAGAAAAGGAAGGAAAACUGCUAUCAAGUUCACCAUCAAGUUUAGCAUCACCAAAGAUUCAAACAGAGAAAGAGAAUGAGGAGCCAACACCCACUUGGGGAGAACAUUUGAAAAGUGCGAAUGAAGUUUAGUUUCUUUUUAAGUCCAAUAUAUCUUUUGAAUCAAAUCUAAUAGUAAUAUUUCUUGGUUGGUUAUGCAAAACUUUAUAGGAUUUAUUUUGCAGAUUACAUGAUAUACUUCUUCUUUUAGUCUUUAUCUUUAGCGUGGUUGUUUUUAGAAGUUCACUGGAUGAUGCCAACCCAGAAACAAAAAAUUACAGUAUAUAUGAGGGUUGUUUUAUUUUGACUAUAUAAACUUGCUGCACCUUGUAUGUCAAACCAGUUAUCCACGGCAUUGGUGGCAGAGGGGCUUAUUUGAACAUGUUUUGAAAGGAUAAGUACUCCUAUAAAUAGUUUUGCAUGCA